GCCCGAAAGAGAGAAGGUAGACUCUGGGACGUAGUAACAGAAACAAAACACAUUUAUGAUCAAAAUCUUUCGGCAAGACCGCUCACCACCGCUCCCCAUUCAUGGCAUGUUUCAACGGGGAACCCAGAGGAUCUGAAUUUCAAAUCAGAAAAUCCUUAUCAAAUAGCUUGCAGAUUCAGGAGUGGGAAUUUCUCUAGCGUGCUAGCCAGUUAGCUGACUAGCUGAAAAGCAGGGAUAAACUUCAUUAAGAUCAACUGCUACGACCUGGAUUGUACCUCCAGUUCAUUCGUUCUUGUUGUUUUACAAAUGGGAUCAGUUCUUUACCUCGUGGAGUCGGAAACUUCUGAGGUUGACGUUGCAGCUAAAUAUAAGCGAUUGUCUUGUUUACCGACAGUACAAUAGCUAACAUUAUUUAUUAUCGAACUAACGUUAGCUAGCCAGCUAGCUAAUUGCUAUCGGCUUUAAACAGGCCAUGGACUAAACAGCGAUCAUUAUAGAAAGGUCGCUGGUUAUCGAUACCUACCUACCAGUUAAAUGCAGAGGAAAUCAGAAACUGUUAAAAAGGUUAAGUACAUCUAGGUAAACUGAAAAGUCAACGCUAGCUACGUGUAAACUAGCAAAGUAAAUGGAGCUUGAAACAUUAUAUGGAUCAUGUAUUGGAUCGUGAGGCCAUUGUUCCAAAUUGGAUGAAGAUCUGUGAAGAUAACAGGAUUGUCCCGUCUGGUAUCAUCGAAUUUUGAAGUAUUCACAUUUUAAAGUGAACAGUCAGUAGUUAGAUAAAUAGCUAAAAUGUCUGGCGCAAAAGAGAAUCCUUGCAGAAAAUUCCAGGCGAACAUUUUCAAUAAAAGCAAAUGCCAAAACUGCUUUAAACCCCGGGAGCUGCAUCUUUUGACUGAUCAAGAUCUGAAUCAGGCCAAGCCUAUUUAUGGAGGCUGGUUGUGUUUGGCCCCGGAGGGGACGGAUUUUGACAAUCCAAUGCAGCGAUCCAGGAAAUGGCAACGGCGAUUCUUUGUCCUGUACGAACAUGGCUGCUUGCGCUUUGCUUUGGAUGAAUCGCCAAGCACUCUGCCACAAGGAACGGUGAACAUGAACCAGUGCACAGACGUCAUUGACGCGGAACCCAGGACCGGGCAGAAGAACGCACUGUGCAUCAUCACGCCUGAGCAGGAGUACUUCAUCCGUGGCGAAAACAAAGAGAUCAUCAACGGAUGGAGUGAACAGCUAGUGGUAUACCCACGUACCAACAAGCAGAACCAGAAGAAGAAACGCAAGGUGGAGCCUACAACCUCCCAGGAGCCGGGCCCAGCGAAGGUGGCUGUGACCGGCUCUGGAAUUCCAGAAGCAGAGAAGGUUCCGGAUUCACGGUCCAUCAUAUGGCAGGAAGAGCUGCAGAGCAGGGAGGCAGAUGUGGCACAGGUCUGGCCCUCAGCAGAUAUUGCUCCCAUUGGCUCACCACUGACCCCUGCAGGAGAUGUGGCGCCUGUAGACCUGAACUCUGACCAGGGCUCGGUGAACGGGGACGAGCUGGACCGGGGCGGGAUCCCGUUCCACGCCGCUGCCCCGCAGCCCCCACUGGACAUCCUGUCACCAACGGGCAGCUCUUCCAGCCGGCACAGCGGGGAGCUGGGCGGCAUCCCCCGCUGCCACUCCCCUGCCCCCAGCGACCCCUUCCCCUCGGGCAGCAGCCUGCUCUCCAAUGGUUCCCACAUCAGCGGCUCCAUGAGCUCUCUGGACUCGGACGCCAGCGGCAGCACCGUCACCAGCACCGACAGCCACCCCGCCGAGCCCCUGCUGCGCGGCCAGCGAGCGCCCGGCCUUCAUGACGCCGCACGCUCACGGCGCCACGAGGCCGAGGCCCGCAAGGCGGAGAAGCGCAGCCGCGUGCGCAGCCCCGAGAGGCAGGAGGCGGAGCUGCUUUUAAGCCCAGAGAGAAGCCGCUCCAAUGUGAUCGAGAAGCUGGAGGCACUGGAGCUGGAGAAUGCGGAGAGGAUGGAGGUGGAAGAGGCGGGUCGAAGUGCCGCGAGGCAGGGCCGCAGCGAAACCAGGCGCUUCCAGAGGGAGGAGCAGAAGCGUGACCCGGCACAAGGUUUAGAUUUUCACCAUUCCUCCCUCCCACCUCUGAGAAGAGCCAAGUCGCUGGACCGACGGACCACAGAAUCUGUCAUGACACCGGACUUGUUAAACUUCAAGAAAGGCUGGAUGGUGAAGGUGGAUGAACAGGGGCAGUGGAAGAAGUACUGGUUUGUGCUUACAGACCACAGUCUACGAUACUACAAGGAUUCAAUUGCAGAGGAGGCCUCAGAUUUAGAUGGGGAGAUAGACUUGACUACCUGUUACAAUGUUACUGAAUACCAGGUCCAGAGGAACUAUGGAUUCCAGAUACAUACCCAGGAAGGAGUGUACACAUUGUCUGCCAUGACGGCUGGUAUACGGCGGAACUGGAUACAGGCAGUGAUGAAGAAUGUGCGGCCCUCCACUGCUCCAGAUGUGGCGAGCCUGACAGAUGAUCACGGGCCCUGUGGACCUCUGGAAACCCUGCUGAAGCCGGAUGUGACGCAGGACUCUCCCUCCUCUGAAGCCUCCUCUGCGGAGAGAGAGCCGGGGCCCAAAAAGAGCCGGGCGCGGGAACGGCGGCGCGAGGGCCGUUCAAAGACCUUUGACUGGGCCGAGUUUCGCCCCAUCGCCCAAGCACUUGCCCAGCAGAGGGCGCACGAAGCAGACGUCCUUCAUGGCGAGCUUGGCGACCUAGAGCGCAGCAAGAGGAGGGAGGAGCGCCGGAAGAGGUAUGAGUCGGUGACGGGCUCCUCGCUUGAACCCAGCACCGACGGUAGCAAGAUGGAUGUUGAGAGCGGCGGAGGCGGAGGCGGUGGCGGUGGCGGUGGCGGCGCUGGUGACGCUCAACCUCCCUCGCUGGAGAGACAGCAGAGGGUACAAGAUGAGAUCGAGCAGCACUGGCAGCAGGUGGAGAAGACUCCCAUUCGGGAGGAGCGGAGGGUCCCGUUGUCCUCCACGCUGCAGGGCAGGGAGACUGCAGAGCUGGAGAAGCUGUUGGAGAGCUACAAGAAAGGGGUAGAAGAGCUGAAGCUGCAGCUGGAGACUUGUCACCAGCAGCUGGCAGACUCCAACCUCCACAAGCAGGAGCUGGAGGUCCAGCUGAGAACAGCGCUGGAGCGUGAGCAGCAGAUCCGUUCUGGUUACAUCUCACCGCUGGAGUCCCCUUUGGGUCUUGAGGCUGAACUUGAGUCCCAGAAGAAGAGACAAGAACUGGUUAGUUCUCAAGCUCAAACCCUAAAAAAGAAGUACCAGGAAACCAAAGAGCUCCUGCAACAGCAAGAACUGAAAAAGCGCAGCAUGCAGGCACAGCUUGGCCUUUCUCUGUCACCCCUGUCCAGCAAGGAACCCUAUCUAACCAAAGGUCAAAGCUCAGACUUCUCUGAAACCCAGCCUUCUCAACCAGUUCGUACAAAAGCAUUCAGUAUAUUGCUGCAGGAUAGUGAGAGCAAGCUUCAGGAGUUAGAGAACUUGAUUUCUAAUAGCCCAUUAACUGUGAGAGGGCUGGUGAGGUUGCUGGGCUCUCACAGUGAAUUCCGCUCUGAAGAUCUUCACAGUAGGGAAGGCCAUGAACAGGGCAAAUUUGGUGAUAGGACCUGCUGUCAAAAGGUGUUUGAGAACUUAAAAUAUCAGCAGGAAUUGGAGAAUGAGUCCCUGAGGAGAAACCUGACCAAGGCUGGGGAGAGCAUCCGUGACUAUGAAGUGCGAAUACUGAGCAUGGAGGGCAUGCUGGGAAGGGCACAGCGCCAGAGGAUGGAAAACUUGAAGAGCCACUGUGGGCCACCAUACCAACCUGAUGAGUAUGCUGAAACAAAUGAGAUCAGGAGGCUGUCUCAGGAGGUAGAGCUGCUGACCAACGAGAAUGAGGUUCUGAACCAGCGUUAUCAAGAGAUAUUAAAUCAACUGACAGAGGCUGAUAGGGAGAUAGAGAGGCUAAAGGCUGAGCUCUUCAACCAGCAAGGUGGUCAGCAGCACUUGCUUGUGGUGGAGGAGCUGAACCAGGUCAAAGCUAAGCUGGCUGAAAAGGAGGCUGACACCAUUGACAGGGAUUUUUAUGAGAGGGAGCUAAACAAGAAGUCUCAAAAACUUCAGGAGGCCCUGAUCAGACUGGAGGUGUUGGGCAGCAGUCUGAAGGAUACAGAGAGGAAGCUGCACCUAAAGGAGGCCACUCUGCAGGGGCUGGGCUUCCAGGUGGCUAAAGACGAUGACAAUGAGAUUCUCCUGGAGAAGGAACAGCUCUGUCAACAGCUGGAGGCAGCAGAGGCCAGGCUGUGUGAGAUGGAGAGGCAGCUCUGUUCUGCUGAGCAGUCCUACAGAGACCUACAGGCUCAGAAUGCAGAGCUCAAAGCCAGCAACCAAAAAAUGGAAAACACGUACAAUCAAAGGCUUGUUGAGAUGCUACAAGAGAACAUUGAGGGAGUGAGGAAGUCAGACAGAGGGAAAGGAGACGUGCAUGGGUGUGAGGAGGAAAAGCCUAGUUCUGAAAGACUCUUUUCAGAGGAGAAAAGUAUUCAGGAAAUGGUUGAAGAGAUAAAAAUGAAGUCAGAGGCCCUCCGCAAAGUAUCUGAGGUGAUAGCGAAGGUGGAUGUGAAUGCUGAGCCAGUAUUUGAGGAGUGGAUGAAUGUUGUCUGUGGAGGUAUAUCUAGCCUAGUGCAUUCUGAAGAAGAGAAUGUGGAUGUGAAUCUGCAGGUAUGUAGAACGUUACUCCUAGAAGGAGAGUUUUGGGGAAGACUGUUGAGUGCUUUUGAGGAGAGUCCAACCCAGUUGAAUGACAGCGAGAGUAUUGGUAGUUUUGUGCGUGAUGUGGCAGAGCGCAGAGUAAUUGACAAGAGAAUGUUACUUUUAGCAAAUAGGCUCUUCCCUCUGUCUAAGAUGGAAUUACAGAUGAGCAACAAAGAUAUUGAAAAUAUGGAGAGAAUGACAGAAGCAAGCAAGACACAUGUUAAUUCAAAAGUCAGGGAGAAUGUUGGAGAUGAAAUAACAGAAGCUCAAAAAGAAUGCAUUUUGAAUUUGCGCAGCUGGCUUGAUAAUGAGACCAAUGCUCUCAUUUGGAAAGAUCUCCUGAAGACUCUACAAGGUAAAAUUUCAUUACUAAACAAGAUUGCCUCCCUUGUUCAAGCCUCUUCAGAUGAGGAGCUCCAGUCCUUGGUUCUAAGGCUUUUUGAUUCUAGGAACCCGAAGAAAGGUUGGGUUGCGUAUGUUCAGGAGGCAUCUUUGGAAGCCCACUCAUGCUAUCUGUUGAAAAGACUUGAUGUUCAACAUCAAAAAGAGGUGGAAGAGCUGCAGUUAGGAUUACGUGCCUUUGAAACGGGCUGCAGAAAUUGCGCAGAACUGAAGAGGCAGAACGAGGAGCUCAGAAUCAAACUGGAGACUAAGCAGAGGGAGGGGUCAGACCACCCAAGCCCAAUGAGUGUGGGAGAUAGGCCAAUGACACACAUCCAGAUUGAGGGAGAGCCCAUUGAUUCCCUGGAUAAGGCCAUCCAGCUGCAGGACAUGGUUGCGAAGCACAAGAAAGAGCUGCGGGAGGUGAAGGAUGCCUAUGAACAAGAGGCGGAGAAGCUAAGGAAAGAGGUGGUGAAGGCAGGGGAGACCCUCAGGCUUAGAUCUGAGGAGAACAUCAAGGAGAUAGACUCUUUGACCAUCUGCAUGGAGAACAUGAAGAAGAAGCAUGAGAUGGAGAGGUCUGCCCUGGAGGAGCGCUUUGAGAGGGAGCUGGGGGAGCUUAGACGCACGGUAGCACCUGAGGAAGCGGGCCCCUCUGAGCACGGCACAGCACACUCCGUAUCCUCACUGAAAGAGCGCAUACAGGAGCUUGAGUCCCAGGUCUCCGUCAUGACAGAGGAGAUGAAGCUGCGUGAUCGGGAAGGGGACAUGGCCUCUCUCCGGAUGAAAUACGAGAAAGACCUUGAAAACCUGAAGGCCACAUGUGAGAGGGGCUUUGCCGCCAUGGAGGAGUCGCACCAGAAGGUGAUCGAUGAGCUGCAGCGAAAGCACCAGCGGGAACUGGAGAACCUGCAGGAGGAGAAGGAGAGGCUGCUGGCAGAGGAGACAGCUGCCACUAUUGCUGCGAUUGAGGCGAUGAAAAACGCACACCGUACGGAGCUCGAGCGGGAGCUGGAGAAGGCCCGCAAAGCCAACAGCAACACAGAGAAUGCCGACAUCGAAGAAAUCCGCAGGCAACACGAAGAGGAGCUGUGUUCUUUUCAGCGGGAGAUUGAGGUGCUGUCGGAGCAGUAUUCUCAGAAGUGCCUGGAAAAUGCGCACCUGGCACAGGCACUGGAGGCUGAGAGACAGGCACUACGGCAGUGCCAGCGGGAGAACCAGGACCUCAACUCGCACAACCAGGAGCUGAACAACCGCCUUGCUGCAGAGAUCACCAAGCUGCGGUCGAUGACGAGCGAGGAUGGGGGUGACACCUGCACCCAUAUCCAGGGAAAGGAGCUGUACAAGCUGGAGGUGAUGUUGCGAGUGAAGGAGUCAGAAGUACAGUACCUGAAGCAGGAGAUUAACUCCUUGAAGGAUGAGCUCCAGGCAGCCCAAAGAGACAAGAAAUAUGCGACAGACAAGUACAAGGACAUCUACACAGAGCUGAGCAUCGUGAGAGCCAAAGCGGAGCGGGAUCUGGGACGGCUUCGGGAGCAGCUGCAGCUCGCCCACGAGGCACUGGGAGAGCCCUCCAUGGAGGACGUGGAGCGCAGCGGCUAUGACAUCAUGAAGUCCAAAAGCAACCCAGACAUCCUCAAGAUGGCAGCCGCAGCAGCCAAACGUUCGGAGCGCACAAUGAGGUCAAAGAGUCUUAAGGAGGGCCUGACUGCUGAGCAAAGACUCCACUUGUUUGACAACAAGGAAAUAAAGGAGUUUUAACACCGAAACAUCAACCAGCCUUGCUGCAUGUUUAGAGACACACUAUAUUUUAGCCCAGUAAUUAAUCACCUAGAGACACACUGGUCACAUAAGUCUUAUAUUAAACAUGGUAUGGAGUUUGAAUUUUAUGUCUAGAGUCUGCAUUUCAUGCACUUCAGUUACUGUGACUUUUUUCAUUGCCACGUCUUACUGUAAAUAUUCUAUAUUGUUUUUAAUUAAGCAUCUAUAAUGCAUAUUCUAAACACUACUGUGUAAGCUACUGUUUUAAACAUGCUCUUAGUAUGUGUGAAUAGCCAAAGGAAUAAGUCAGUUUGUAAUGGCUAAACAUGACAAAAUACUGAUGAUUGAAUAUUACUUCAUAGCCAGCAGUAGCAAUGUUUUGCCUUCGGCCCAGUGUGUAUAAUGGUAGGUUUGGACUGUAUGCACAUUUUUAAAGUCUCUCUCCAUGCCCCUUAUCAUUUCAGUGCAGAUAUUUGCUAGCUUUACAAACAGGCUUUCAAAAUAAAACAUUUGCGUGCAUCAUCUUACAAGUUUAACAUAUUAAGGUUGAUCUUUGCUUGUUUGCCUGGGUAGUAUUGGCUUGUACAUAUAUGGUGUUUAACGUCUUAGUGGAGGUUCACAGAAAAAAAUAAAUAAAAUUCAGAAAUAUAAGGACCCAUGAAGGCAAUGGCUGAAUUCACAUGGAUUGAAAUUGCUGGUAUAAUAUAUAUAAAAAUUUAUAUAUAUUUUUUCUUUCUGUAAUCAUAAUGAUUCGCUCAGCUGUAUGGGAGUACAUUUUUUAAGUUGGAUGUUUGUAGUGUCCUUCGUUGGCAGUCCCUUUGUAUUUAUUUAAAUGUUUUGGAUUUUGUCUCACGUUCUCAUUCUUCUGUACUCUGUCAUUGUAAAUAUACAGCAAAUGUACACCAACUGACUACAGGUUUAUUAGCAAUAAAUAUUUUUG